AUGGAAUUAGACCUUUCCGAUGAUCCAGCGUGCCAUUCGAAACGAGAGCAGAUUGACCACUUCAUUGCGUAUCUCGAAACCAAGGCAGCAGAACCCCGGCAACGUGUGCCUAUCCAAGAUCAUCUCUCACCGCAGGACUGGCUUCUCUUGACGGAGAUGCAGAGCUUUUUAAAACCGCUCUACGAAAUCACUAUGCGGUGCCAGGGUUGGGCGAAGGAGGGCCGUUACGGCGCCUUGUGGGAAGUUAUGAUCGGAAUGGAAUAUUUGUUUACCUUCUUCGAGGAGCAGAAGCUGAUCUUCUCGCCGCUUGACGCAGGUGCUAAUAAGCCACGGAAUGCGCGAGCCUCGGUAGCCACGAGAUGUAGUGGGCUACAAGCUGACCAGUGCCACGGACGCGAGAAACACUUGCCUCAGCACACUCGAGACGAAUAUACUAGUACAAUCUCGCAAGCUGAGAGUAUUGAUGAUGACCACCGACGAUGCAUACAAAUCUCUAUCAAUAACUGUUGGUCAAAACUCGAUGAGUAUUACACUCUACUUGGCCAGUCCCCGCUUUACCCAGCUGCCGAUAUUCUUCACCCGCGUUGGAACGUGUCUUGGCUUGAGGCGAACUGGACCAGCCGCGAGCAGCUGGUAUGGCUGCGAGACGCCAAGAAGAGCGUUUGGGAAUACUUUGAACUACACUAUCCAGCCAAUGAGCCAUCUGAUCGAGUAAAAACCGUAACCGCAAAAGCGAUACGGCAAGCCGAGCCUAGUCAAUUCGACCAGUGGAUGCAGAGCCAGGAUCGGCACAUGAUGGAGGAAGACGAUGAACUCGCAGCUUACAUGAGGCAAGGACCGAUCCGGCGGGAGAACUUGAACCCUAUUCUGUGGUGGAAGGACCACCAAGAAGAAUACCCACGCUUGAGCAAGUUUGCCCUUGACAUAUUGGCGAUUCCUGCGAUAUCUGCCGAUCCUGAGCGGACUUUUAGUGCGACGACGUUAACAAUAAGCUCGGAAAGACACAAUCUAAGUCCCAAAAUAACAGAGGAAAUACAGUGUCUGCGGAACUGGCUGGGCCAUCAGGCCAUGACGGUGGGUGAGGUUGUUAGUUUUGGCGGGGAAGGGAUGGGUUUGGGUGAAGAGGAGGCAUGGUAG